AUGCUGGGGCUCUGCCUGGCGCUGGUGGCCACGGCCCAGCUCGGGCGCUCGGCUCCCGCCCAGCCGCCGCCCGCGGGCGCUCAGUGCAUCGAGCACGUCUGCUUCGGCGUGUUCUGGGGGCGCCAGCGGUUCCCCGGCGCCAUCCGGCUCUGCCAGGCCCGCGGGGGGCAGCUCAUGACCGUGCGCUCCACGGUGGCGGAGGCCGCCAUCACCCUGCUGGUCCAGAACCGGAGCGACGCCAGCCUGUGGAUCGGGCUGCAGCUGCCCCCGGGCCAGGCGUGCUCGGACCCCGGCCGCCCGCUGCGGGGGUUCCGCUGGGUCACGGGCGACGAGCGCACGGACUACACCCGAUGGAAGCCGGGCGGCCCCGUCUGCGGGUCCCAGUGUGUCGCCGUGGCGGCCCCGGAUCUCACCUGGGAGGAGAAGCGGUGUGACUCCGAAGCAGACGGCUUCCUGUGUGAGUACAAUUACCCCGGCACGUGCCCCAAGCUCGCCCCCGUGGCGGGCCUGGCGGUGACCUACACCACCCCCUUCGGGGCGCAGGACAGUGACCUCCUGGUCCUCCCUCCCCAAAGCACUGCCUCGGCCCCGGCCCUGGGCGUGGAGCUGGUGUGCCAGGAGCACAGCAGCAGGGGCAUGCGGUGGAGCUCCGCCAGCCCCGGGGCCUGGCACUGCCAGCUGGAGAACGGCGGGUGCGAGGCUUCGUGCCAGUGGGACGGCGGGACCCCGCGCUGCACCUGCCCCCCCGAGAAGCAGCUGGACCAGGACCAACGCAGCUGCUCUUCCCUGUGUGCCGACGCCCCCUGCGAGCACCUCUGCAUCCCGCUCGACGUGAACUUCACUUGCAUGUGCCACGAGGGCUAUGAGCUGGCUGGGGAUGGCAUCAGCUGCAGAGACAUCGAUGACUGUCAAACCAAACCGGACCUUUGCGACCAAGUGUGCAUCAACACCGACGGGGGCUUCCGCUGCCAGUGUCACCCGGGCUAUGAGCUGGUGGACGGCAAAUGUGAGGACGUGAUCGAUUGCUACGAAGAGAAAUGUCAGCACCAAUGUGUUGAUGUGGCAGGGGGUUACACCUGCAGCUGCUUUAGUGGAUACGCCCCAUCCCCCCAGGAUCCCCAUAAAUGUGUCCUAUUUUGCAACCAGACGGAAUGCCCAGCAGACUGUGACCCCCAUACACAGGAUACGUGCUACUGCCCGGAUGGCUUUGUUUUGGAUCACUACAAUGGUAGUGCAAAGAUGUGUGUUGAUAUUGACGAGUGUGAGGUAGAAUUUUGUGAGCAGCUGUGCACGAAUAAGCCAGGCAGCUACACGUGUCAUUGCCGGGAGGGGUACAUACUCUACAAACAGAACUUGUGUAUUUCUGAGGAUGAGUUUUCAGGUGAGACGGAGCUCUACCCGAAAACAGCAGCCCCCACCCGUGUCCCACCGAAGUCAGACAGCCUCCACCCCGGGGUGCUGAUCGGAAUCAGCAUUGGCAUCUUGUCCACAAUUUUGGUCCUGAUGGCCAUUCUCUACCACCUGAUGAAGAAGCACUUCCCAGUUCAUGGAGCCAUGGAUUAUAAAUGUAGCAACGGGACAGAAAAGGAAGUGGUGCUUCAGCAAGUUCCCCCAGGAUGCCCCUCUGCUAACCAGAAACUGUAA